GCAAGAUCGAUGAAAUAGGUGCCCGCGAAUUGACAUGUGGAGGAGUAAAUAUUGCUAAAGGAAGUAGAUGUGAUAUAUCCUUGGAAUUAAUAAUGCGAUGGACAUGAUUUCAAGAUUCUUUAACUUGAUUUUACUGGCAGCAGUCUUUGUUGAAUCAAGAGGCCCACAUCAUCCUAGAGGAGAAAAGAUAAUCAAAAGACAUGUUCAUUACACGCCAACAGGAAGCACUAAUGAAAAACUUACAGAAGACGAGCAGCUUCUGCACGACACACAGCAUAUUCAGGAACAUUUGGAGGAGGUAAUUCCCGCACCAGAUUUUUCCAAAAUGUCGGACGAGGAAGUAGAAUUUUAUUAUUUUCAAGUACAUGAUAGUGACAAAAAUUCAAUGCUAGAUGGUCUAGAACUACUUCAGGCUAUUCUUCAUACUGAAGAGCAUUAUGAGCACCCCGAAGACAGAGAAGAAAAUAAUGCACUGCAGGAGGAAGCUGCAUUUAAUUAUUAUGUUGAACUAGUCGACCAAGCCUUAGACGAUGAUGAUACUGAUAAUGAUGGCUUCCUAAGUUAUACCGAGUUUGCUGCUAAAAGACGACGAAUUCGAAAUAAUGCAAUUAAAUUGUAUAAUAGAUAAUCGUUUUAAGUUUAGAAGGUUUUUAAUAAAUUUUUUAAAAAGUUUAA